CAUUUGGCAUCAUUGCUGCUGCACAACAAGUUUGCAACGGAGUUUGUUGCUCAUGGAGGAGUGCAAAAGUUGCUGGAGAUUCCUCGUCCUUCCAUGGCAGCAACAGGGGUCUCCAUGUGCUUAUAUUACUUGUCUUACAAUCAAGAUGCCAUGGAGAGGGUGUGCAUGCACCCCCAUAAUGUGCUUUCAGAUGUAGUAAACUACACCUUAUGGCUAAUGGAGUGCUCCCAUGCCUCAGGCUGCUGCCAUGCUACCAUGUUCUUCUCCAUUUGCUUCUCCUUCCGUGCUGUCCUGGAGCUCUUUGACAGGCAUGAUGGCCUUCGACGUCUGGUUAACCUGAUAAGCACGCUUGAGAUCUUAAACCUGGAAGACCAAGGAGCCCUCUUGAGUGAUGAUGAGAUCUUUGCCAGUCGCCAGACUGGGAAACACACCUGCAUGGCCUUGCGUAGAUACUUUGAGGCUCAUCUUGCUAUUAAACUUGAACAGGUGAAGCAGUCACUCCAGCGCACUGAAGGUGGGAUUCUGGUCCAUCCACAGCCUCCCUACAAGGCCUGUUCCUAUACUCAUGAGCAGAUUGUAGAGAUGAUGGAGUUCCUGAUUGAGUAUGGUCCAGCACAGCUCUACUGGGAGCCAGCAGAGGUUUUUCUCAAGUUGUCUUGUGUCCAACUCAUGCUUCAGCUCAUUUCAAUAGCAUGCAACUGGAAGACAUACUAUGCAAGGAAUGACACAGUACGAUAUGCUUUGGAUGUGCUAGCCAUCCUGACUGUGGUUCCUAAAAUCCAGUUGCAGCUGGCAGAACCUGUGGAUGUGUUAGAUGAAGCUGGAUCUACUGUUUCCACUGUGGGUAUUAGUAUCAUCCUUGGAGUUGCUGAGGGUGAAUUUUUCAUCCAUGAUGCCGAAAUUCAGAAAUCAGCCCUUCAGAUCAUCAUCAAUUGUGUAUGUGGUCCAGAUAAUCGGAUCUCCAGUAUUGGCAAAUUCAUCUCUGGAACUCCUCGGCGAAAGCUUCCUCAGGCCCCCAAGAGCAGUGAGCACACAUUAGCUAAGAUGUGGAAUGUGGUACAGUCCAACAAUGGCAUCAAAGUGCUGCUGUCAUUGCUGUCUAUAAAGAUGCCAAUCACAGACGCAGAUCAGAUCCGAGCAUUAGCCUGCAAAGCCUUGGUGGGGCUCUCGCGCAGCAGUACUGUCCGGCAGAUUAUCAGCAAGCUCCCCCUCUUCAGCAGCUGUCAAAUUCAGCAGCUGAUGAAAGAGCCGGUGCUUCAGGACAAGCGCAGCGAGCAUGUGAAGUUCUGCAAAUAUGCUGCUGAGCUGAUAGAGCGUGUCUCGGGGAAGCCAUUGCUGAUUGGCACAGAUGUCUCUCUGGCUCGGUUGCAGAAAGCGGAUGUGGUGGCCCAGUCAAGGAUCACGUUCCCUGAAAAGGAGCUGCUGCUCCUGAUUCGGAACCAUCUCAUCUCUAAGGGCCUAGGAGAAACUGCAUCUGUCCUUACUAAAGAGGCUGACCUACCCAUGACUGCAGCAUCUCAUUCAUCUGCCUUCACCCCUGUUGCGGCUGCUGCCUCUCCUGUGACCCUGCCUCGCACUCCUCGCAUAGCUAAUGGCAUCUCAGCCCGUUUGAGUAGCCACACUUCUGUAGGUUCCACUGCCACCUCUGUCCAUGCUCAGGCAAGGCCGUCUGCAUCCCAAGGUCCACUUGCCCUUCCAGGCCCUUCUUAUGCCAGCAACUCUCCUCUGAUUGGCAGGAUUAGCUUUGUCAGGGAGAGGCCAUCUCCCUGCAACGGCAGAAAAAUCAGAGUGUUGCGACAAAAAUCGGACCAUGGCGCCUACAGCCAGAGCCCAGCUAUCAAAAAGCAGCUGGACAGACACCUUCCUUCCCCACCCACGCUGGACAGUAUAAUCACAGAGUACCUUAGGGAGCAGCAUGCCCGCUGCAAGAACCCUGUUGCCACCUGUCCCCCUUUCUCUCUCUUUACUCCCCACCAGUGUCCUGAGCCAAAACAGAGGCGCCAAGCGCCAACUAACUUUACCUCACGGCUGACCCGCAGGGCAGCCUUUCCGAAGUACGGAGGGGUGGAUGGUGGCUGCUUUGAUAGACACCUUAUAUUUAGCAGGUUCCGUCCGAUUUCUGUGUUCAGGGAAGCAAAUGAGGAUGAGAGUGGCUUUACCUGUUGUGCGUUUUCUGCAAGAGAACGAUUCUUAAUGCUGGGUACUUGCACGGGGCAGUUGAAACUCUAUAAUGUAUUCAGUGGACAGGAGGAGGCCAGUUACAACUGCCAUAACUCUGCCAUCACGCACCUUGAGCCAUCCAGGGAUGGAUCUUUAUUGCUGACAUCUGCUACAUGGAGCCAACCUCUGUCUGCAUUGUGGGGAAUGAAGUCUGUCUUUGAUAUGAAGCAUUCCUUCCCUGAUGACCACUAUGUGGAGUUCAGCAAGCACUCUCAGGAUAGGGUCAUUGGCACAAAAGGAGACAUUGCCCAUAUCUAUGAUAUUCAGACUGGCAACAAGCUAUUGACUCUGUUUAACCCAGAUCUUGCCAACAACUACAAGAAGAACUGUGCCACCUUUAACCCCACUGAUGACCUUGUCCUAAAUGAUGGUGUCCUCUGGGAUGUCAGAUCGGCACAAGCCAUCCACAAGUUUGACAAAUUCAACAUGACCAUCAGUGGUGUUUUCCAUCCCAAUGGGCUAGAGGUCAUUGUCAACACAGAAAUUUGGGACCUCCGAACUUUCCAUUUGUUACACACAGUACCUGCACUGGAUCAGUGUCGUGUGGUCUUCAACUAUACUGGCACAGUUAUGUAUGGAGCUAUGUUGCAGGCAGAUGAUGAAGAUGACCUUCUGGAGGAGAGAAUGAGAAGUCCCUUUGGCUCUUCUUUCAGGACAUUUAAUGCAACUGAUUAUAAACCUAUAGCUACCAUAGAUGUAAAGCGGAAUAUCUUUGACUUGUGCACAGACAGCAAGGACUGCUAUCUGGCUGUCAUUGAGAAUCAAGGGAGCAUGGAUGCCAUGAACAUGGAUACAGUUUGCAGACUGUAUGAAGUGGGCAGGCAGCGUUUGGCAGAAGAUGAAGAGGAUGAAGAAGAAGAUCAGGAGGAAGAAGAGCAAGAGGAAGAAGAUGAUGAUGAAGAUGAUGAUGAUACAGAUGACCUUGAUGAACUAGAUACGGACCAGCUGCUGGAGGCUGAGCUGGAGGAGGAUGAGAACAAUGAGAAUGCUGGUGAGGAUGGAGAAAAUGACUUUUCUCCCUCUGAUGAUGAGGAGCUUGCCAACCUCCUGGAAGAAGGAGAUGAGGGUGAAGAUGAAGAUUCUGAUGCUGAUGAGGAAGUCGAGCUGAUUCUUGGAGAUA